CAUAUUCAUCUAUUAUAGUAUUUUUAAAACUAAAUGAAUUCAGAAGACCAAACUCAUAGUUCUACCACUCCUACUACUCCUGCCCCAACUCCUCCAAAUUUGUCUGAUGAUUCUAUAAGAAUUUUACCAGGAUUAAAAGAUGUUAUCACUUUCUUGUUCCCAAAAGAUGUCGAAUACGUUUUAAAAAGUGAUCCUCUCAACCACCCUCAAGAAGACAAUCCUUAUUCAAAUUUUGACUAUAAAGUCCAAAAUUAUAAUAGUGCCUUUAUGCCAACUUAUUGUAGUUAUGGUAAUAGAAAUGACAAUACCAAUGCUCAAACCGUAUCACAAGUUCAAACUGCCUCACAAGUUCAAACUGCUUCACAAGCUCCAUAUAAUAACCUAACAAACAAUAACUCUAUUGUUUAUCUUUAAUUUACAUAUAGGUUUUUUUAAAUCAUUUUUUCAAUUUUUUUUUAUUAUUUUAAAAAAUAAGAGGAUUAAUCAUUAUUAAAAAUUUAAAUAAAUAUAAAUAUAAAUAAUUCUAAUAAUC